AUGUCCCCAUCAUUUCUAGGCAAACGCUCGAGCACUAUAACUACAACGUCUGACCGUCGCACCAUCGACAGCGCCAGCAGCACCAGCAGCAGAUCUCGCACACCCUCACCCUUCAUCUCGCCUGCCAAAGCAGCAAGCAGCGAGAACGAGCACGGGCGGCGGCAGCGGCAACGGCGACACUGCGACGACCUGGCGUCCAUACGACCGCCGUCCGCGCUCUUCAAAAAAUUCUUGAAAAAAAGCCACGACAGCCUCUCGCGGGCAACAGAAAAAGAGAGCCCCAGCAGUGUCGGUAGCAUCGAAAGCAGAGCAAGUCGCAUUCGACUGCGCCGCAUGCCCUCGCUGGAGUCGCUGGAGUCGCUGGAGUCGAUGGGUCGAUGGGUCGAUGGGUCGAUGGGGUCCAGGCGCAGAUUGCGGAUACAUGCCCAGGAAGUGUCUCCGUUGGACGAAGAGAUGCCGCCGGUAUCGCCGUUUUUCACGCGUAUCUCGGAGCACGAAAUCACAAAGGCGAGGGCGGUCGUGCGCAGGGCCAGCACGUCGCGAAGGAACACCGUGACCAUGCACAGCGACUACGGCCAGAGCCUGCACCAGAGGCUGCAGCAGCGAGGAACGUGGUGCUCGCCCGAUAUCAACACAAUGUUUGCGGGGCCGCUGGACCGCUGGACCGCCUUGUCUCCGACCAUGUCCUCGUGGGGCCCGCUUGACGCGCCGGCCAAGCACGCAGACGACAUGGCUGGCUCCUUGGAGAGCGCCGAAUGGCUGGGCAACCAGGAGCCGCCCAUGUCGCCCAUAUUCGCGGCAUACCGCUCGCCGCCGCGGCUGCGCAAGGAGCGGCGGUUCCUCGUCAACAUCCACUCUCUGUUUUCGUCGCCGCUGGGCGACAAGGCGCAGCCGCAGCUAAUUGUCAGAGAGUUUCCGGAGGGCGGCGAGGCAGUGGACAUUGGGGACCCCGACGUUCGGCAGGCGCUGCGGCACCACCCCUGGGUGCUCAAGCUGGGCGGCAGCCAGCGCAAAGCCACGCCUGCAGCCACACGCCUGCGCCUGCCGACCCGGCGUCCGCCCGUAGCCGCCCGCGGACUUGGUGCGCCCACGGUGUCGUUCGUGGCCAGCAAUAAGAGCAGCUUUGUGUACUCUGACCGCUGCGUGCGCGCCAUAGACAUAGAUGCCAUGGUCAAGGCGUACUUGCCCAGCGUCCAUCAGCUGCUCACGGGCGAGGACCCCGAGGACGUGUCGUUGUCCGAGAGCUGCACGGCCACAGUGAGCAGCACGCCGGCGUACGCCGAGUCGCACGGGCUGGCCGAGCCGUCCCCGAACAUGCUUUCUCGCCGCAGCGACAUCGGCACGCGCCCGGAUCCGGCAAAGCUGCUUGAAGAGCCGGCGUCGUCAAAUGCGCGCUUGGAAGAGCUACCAAUGAAGAGACUGGUACGUCGCAGUGACAUCGGCAUGCGGCCGACCCCGCUGAGGUUCCCAGAAGACGCGCAGCGGCAGCAGCGAGGCGUGUCCGCCAUGGAUCCACCAGCGCCGAAUUCGCGGCUCGUAGAGCCGCCGCUGAGGAUACUUGCUCGUCGCAGCGACACCGGGAUGCGCCCCGACCCCCUGCGCAUUUCCGAGGGCCCACAGCAGCUGCUGCACCACCCGCGUGCAACGACAGCCAUGGAUCCACCAACGCCAAAUAGACGGCUCGGAGAACCGUCAUUCAACAGGCUUUCCCGCCGCGGCGACAUUGAAGCACGCCUCGAUCCGCCGCGGCUUUCGGGGGACGAUCAGCGGCCGCCAAGCACAUCAGUCGAUCCUCCCACUGCAAGGCUGGCCGAGCCACGGCAAAGAAAACUCGGUCGACACAGCGACGCCGGAAUUCGCACCGAGCCGCCGCGCCAGCUGCGUGCUUCGGCGUCCGUCGCACCAAACAAGCGCAAUUCUAUCCCGGCGCCCAGCCCACGGGUAUCCGCGCCGCUUUUGCGCCGGCGCAGCGAGGUUCUGCCGCCGGCGUCCACGCCGCUGCUGCUACGACGGCGGUCGGCGUUCGAGCCCGAGUCCGCGGCGGCGGCCAUGGACGAUGGCCGGCCACUGCGCGCCGGAGCGCUGUCGCCGAGAACAUCCGCGUUGCGCAUGUCCGCAGCAUCGGAGCCCGGCCAUGGGCUGCGCAUCCGGCCAGAGCCCACACGGUCGAGCGGUGAGCUUCUGCGCAACACGAUGGUUUCGCCCAGCUGCCACUCCGACAAAGACGCGGAAUCCAGCUACACAGCUGCCGCUUCCGUGCUGGUGUACGAGAGACGCCCGGUGGACCCGAGUGGUGCUGUGCAGAGGCUGAGUGCGCAGAGGUCGCCCAAUAUGAACGGGUAUAGUACUUUGGGAUGCGGCCCAAGGUCUGCGCCGCCUGUGCAUGGCUAUCUGGGUGUAGACAUGCCGGUGCUUUCGAAAAGGCCUUUGGGCACGCGGCGGCUGGACGUCAGGAGCGCGUUUUUGGCUCAGGAAGCAGCUGUUGAUUCCGAGUUAGACAGUGACGAAGAAAUAGAGGCGCCCAAAUUUAUCAAGGAAACAAUGCGCAAGUUGGAGGAAGAAGAGAAGAGACGCGCCAAAUAUAUUGCCAAAAGCAAGCUUUCAAACCAGACUAAAGAUAUGGAAGUGGAUGUUGAGGUUGAGAAUCGCGAAACAGGUUUCCACCUGCCGCACACGCGCGAAAACCACAACAUUGACUUGCCAAGAUACUGGCUGCUGCAGAACAACCAGUUCUCGCCAACGGAGUGCAUAAUUGGCAAUGUGCACAACAAAGGCGACGAGGCACAUAUGUAA